UCUACGCUCAGCACUGACCUUUCUUCGAUUCGUUCCAGUGAAAUCACCAAAUUUCCAAACCUUCGAGAGAGAGAGACAAAAUAGCGAGAUUAAGAAAUGGUGAAGGUGCGAAUGAACACGGCGGACGUCGCCGCAGAGGUAAAGUGCUUGAAGCGUUUGAUAGGUAUGAGAUGCUCCAACGUCUAUGAUAUAUCUCCCAAGACGUAUAUGUUCAAGCUCUUGAAUAGUAGCGGUAUCACAGAAUCUGGAGAGAGUGAGAAAGUUUUGCUUCUUAUGGAAAGUGGUGUUCGUUUGCAUACCACAGCUUAUGUUCGGGAUAAGAGUAAUACUCCCUCUGGGUUUACUUUGAAGUUGAGAAAACAUAUCCGGACUAGGAGGCUUGAAGAUGUACGACAGCUUGGUUACGAUAGGAUCAUCGUCUUCCAGUUUGGGCUAGGUGCUAAUGCACACUAUGUUAUAUUGGAGUUGUAUGCUCAAGGAAACAUAAUUCUUACUGAUUCUGAAUAUAUGAUCAUGACACUCCUCCGGUCACAUAGAGAUGACAAUAAGGGUUUUGCUAUCAUGUCUCGUCACCGUUACCCUAUCGAGAUAUGUAGAGUUUUUGAGAGAACCACUGUUUCAAAGCUUCAGGAAUCACUUACUGCUUUCUCGCUUAAGGAUCAUGAAGCAAAACAGAUUGAGCCAAAGGAGCAGACUGGUGGCAAAAAGGGUGGGAAGUCAAAUGAUUCUACGGGUGCCAAACAAUAUACCUUGAAGAAUAUCCUUGGUGACGCUUUAGGCUAUGGGCCACAGCUCUCAGAGCACAUUAUUCUGGAUGCUGGUCUAGUUCCAACUACCAAACUUUCAGAAGACAAGAAGUUAGAUGAUAAUGAGAUUCAGUUAUUGGUUCAAGCGGUGAUCGUUUUUGAAGAUUGGCUUGAAGAUAUUAUAAAUGGUCAAAAAGUUCCUGAAGGUUAUAUUCUUAUGCAAAAACAAAUUUUGGCAAAUGACACGCCUUCUGAAUCAGGAGGUGUUAAAAAGAUGUAUGACGAGUUCUGUUCAAUCUUAUUAAAUCAAUUCAAAUCAAGAGUCUAUGAAAAGUUUGAAACUUUCGAUGCGGCUUUAGAUGAGUUCUACAGCAAAAUUGAGAGCCAAAGGUCUGAACAACAACAAAAGGCAAAAGAAGAUUCUGCCAGUCAGAAACUCAAUAAGAUUCGCCAGGAUCAGGAAAACCGUGUUCAAAUUCUGAAGAAAGAAGUCAACCAUUGUGUUAAUAUGGCUGAAUUAAUCGAGUACAACUUAGAGGACGUAGAUGCUGCCAUAUUAGCUGUUCGUGUAGCCCUUGCAAAGGGUAUGGGAUGGGAUGAUCUAGCUCGCAUGGUUAAAGAAGAAAAAAAAUUAGGAAAUCCUGUUGCUGGACUUAUUGACAAACUUUAUCUAGAGAAGAAUUGCAUGACCUUGUUGCUGUGCAACAAUCUCGAUGAAAUGGAUGAUGAUGAGAAGACGCUGCCAGUGGAAAAGGUGGAGGUUGACUUAUCACUAUCUGCGCAUGGUAAUGCUAGGCGCUGGUAUGAAAUGAAGAAGAAACAAGAAAGCAAACAGGAGAAGACUGUUUCUGCUCAUGAAAAGGCUUUUCGAGCAGCUGAAAAAAAGACACGCCACCAGCUUUCUCAAGAAAAAGUGGUUGCAACUAUUUCACAUAUGAGAAAAGUCCACUGGUUUGAGAAAUUCAAUUGGUUCAUUAGCAGUGAGAACUACUUGAUCAUCAGUGGUCGUGAUGCUCAGCAAAAUGAGAUGAUAGUUAAACGUUACAUGUCAAAAGGAGAUCUGUAUGUACACGCAGAGCUUCAUGGAGCAUCUAGUACUGUGAUAAAGAAUCAUAAACCUGAUCAGAAUGUACCACCUCUCACUUUAAACCAAGCUGGAUGUUUUACAGUUUGUCAUAGUCAGGCCUGGGAUUCNAUGUUAAUCUUGUUUAUUGUUUUCUUUCCCGCAGUCAACUAA